AUGAACUGCCUAGACUUCAUAUUCCUUUGCCACCUAAUGUGCAUGCUUCCGGUUCAAGACCCUGACAACAUAUUUACCGACAAGGAUUUCAUUUUCGACGAAGAAGAAGAGCUAGAAUAUGAAAAUGAAGAAGAAAAGUCUCGUCCCUACCAAAACGACGGACUACAUGAAACCUACCAAAAAGAAUCUCGAAUUGAAGGUGAAGUCGUUUACCGGAUUCUCAAUGGAAAAUCGCAUACGCUGAAGCCUAAUUCUGGUGAAACGGUUAUGAUUCGGGAAAAUAACAUUGUUGUUGGGUUUCAUUUGGAUGAUGAAGGGGGGUGUAUUGUAUGGGAAUGGCAUGGCCACAUUGCGAGGUACACUGAAGAACUUCAAUUUUCUCUUGAGUAUAUCUAUGGCAAUUAUUUUCAGAGGAUUGUGCCUGAGGAUACACACAGACUCUACUAA